ACAGACUAAAAUUUGUAAAACUUUAAUGUUGCUUUCAGAAUUUUUUUAGUGUAUGUUAUUAAAGUCAAAUUGAAGUGCUGAUGUAGAAGUUGAAUAUUUACUCUAUCCAUUAAACACUGCAAUGACGGACAGGGAACUUAUGAAGCAAAUCACUGAACAAAAGCUCAAAGCUUUCUCCAUUGGUACUAUGGGUAAAAGGCCCAUGAGCAAAAAAGAGAUUGAAGAGCAGCGCAAAAAAGAGCAGGAACAAGCUGCUGCUCAGGCUUUUGAGGAAUUUGUUGCAACCUUUCAGGACAGCUCCAACAAAAAUGCCAGCAAAGUUUGGGUUAAGGCUGGUACCUAUGAUGCCGGCAAACGCCAAGAAGACACUAAAGAUAAGGGAAAGCUUUACAAACCACAGCCAAAAAUCUCAGACCAUAACGCAACUCAGGAGCAAGAUUAUGUCAGACUCCUUGGCUCUCACGAAAGGAAGUUGGAGAGGCUUGGCAAAAAAAAGAAAGAGGCAGAAAAGAGAAAAAGCAAUCUUGAGUUGUUCAAGGAGGAGUUGAAAAUGAUUCAAGAAGAAAGAGAAGAAAGACAUAAGCAUAAAGGAGGAAGUGUUAAGCCUGUAACAACACAAACCGAUGAUGCUAUGUUGAUGGCUAUUAAAUCAGCUGAAGAUGGAUCGUUUGAUAAUGGAGAUCCAAACACUACUAAUUUGUAUCUUGGAAAUUUAAAUCCUAAGAUCACUGAACAACAACUCAUGGAAAUUUUUGGAAGGUUUGGACCAUUAGCUAGUAUAAAAAUUAUGUGGCCUAGAAGUGAUGAAGAAAAAGCAAGACAAAGAAAUUGUGGUUUUGUUGCAUUUAUGAGUAGAAGAGAUGGUGAAAGAGCCUUAAAAAAUCUCAAUGGUCGAGAUAUUAUGUCAUAUGAAAUGAAAUUAGGGUGGGGAAAAAGUGUGCCCAUUCCUCCAUAUCCAAUAUAUAUUCCACCAAUUUUGAUGGAAAUUACACAGCCACCACCUCCAUCUGGAUUGCCUUUCAAUGCACAGCCUCAUCGACGUGAUAGACACAAGGUACCAAGAAUCCGAUGCCUCCAAAAUGCGGACUCUGAAGAAAGAGAAAAUUUUGAAAAGGUGUUGCAUAAUGCAGUGGUCAAAGUGGUUAUUCCAACAGAAAGAAAUUUAGUCAUGUUGAUUCAUAGAAUGGUAGAGUUUGUUGUUCGAGAGGGACCGAUGUUUGAAGCCAUGAUUAUGAAUCGUGAAAUAAAUAAUCCGAUGUUCAGGUUUUUAUUUGAAAACUACUCUCCAGCUCACACUUACUACCGGUGGAAGCUAUUUUCUAUUUUACAAGGUGAUGCUCAAAAAGAAUGGCGUAUGGAAGAAUUUAGAAUGUUUCAAGGUGGAAGUAUUUGGCGUCCACCGCCUAUGAAUCCUUGGACUCAAGGAAUGCCUGAUGAACUAAUUGAAGUUGAUGAAAGACAAGAGCCACGAAGGGGAAGUCUUUCGAACAGUCAAAGAGAUAGAUUAGAAGAUUUGUUAAGAAAUAUUGCACCAGAACGUCUUAAAGUUGCAGAAGCUAUGAUAUUUUGUAUAGAACAUGCUGAAGCUGCAGAAGAAAUAUGCGAUUGCAUAUUAGAAUCGCUGUCAAUUUUACAAACACCUGCUAAUAAAAAAAUAGCUAGACUGUAUUUAAUAUCUGACAUUUUACAUAACUGUGGUGUCAAACUUACAAAUGCCACGAUCUAUCGAAAAGCAUUUGAAUCAAGGUUGUUGGAAAUUUUCAACGAAGUUUACCAAGCAUACAAACAAUUUGAUAGUCGAUUAAAAGCUGAAGGUUUUAAAGUGAGAGUUACGAGAAUGUUCAGAGCAUGGGAGGAUUGGGCGGUUUAUCCCCGAGAGUUUUUAGUAAAGCUUCAAAAUGCUUUUCUAGGUUUAAACCAGGAAAGUGAAGUUGAUCAAGAAAAUGAAGAAGACACAGAUGGUGCUCCGUUGUCAGACGUCGAUGGCGAUGCUGUAGAGGAUUUAGACGGUGUUCCUCUUGAUGGUGCUGCACUGUUGAAAGGAGCUAUGAAACAUGGACUUACUUCACAAGCCUCUAAUUAUGAUGAUAUCGAUGGAGUGCCAAUGGAAGAUGACAUUGAUGGAGUUCCCAUGGAAGAUAAUGAUAGUGCAAGUUCCAAGGGCAACGAAGAGAAGAAACUUGCUAUACCAGCUGGAUUUAUACCUUCGAGAUGGGAAACAGUUGAUCCUGAUCAAGUUGAGGCUCAAGCAAUGACUACAAGCAAGUGGGAGGAGCUUGAACAUAACGAAGACUCCAAUUCGCAAGAUACAAGUAUGGAUUCAAGAGACUACAAUGAAGAAAGACGAAAUAAAUUACGUGAGAUUGAAGUAAAAGCAAUGCAAUAUCAAGAUGAAUUGGAAAGUGGGAGAAGAUCACUGAAACAAGGAAUGACAAUACAAUCUCAAGUAGAACACUAUCGUAAGAAGCUUAUAAAAAAGAGUGAGCGAGAGAUAAAAGAAAAUAAAAGUGAAGAUAGAGAUGAUGACAGGCGAAAAGAUAAAAAACGAAGUUCUUCACCAGACUCGCCUUACUACAGAAGUAGAAAAAGAAGCACUCCCAGUCCUCCAUCUAAAGGAAGCAGUCGAUAUAGUUGCAAUUCAUCAUUAAAAUUUAUCUAA